UCAACCAGUUCAACCAUGAAGGUCGCUGUGAUUUUCGUGCUCCUCUCGCUGGGACUUUUCUGCUCUGUUGGGGACGCUUGUCCUGAUUUCCAGAAUAUAAUAGAUGAUUACUUGGGAUACUCCACCGAUGUCUUACUGGCAAAGUUAGCUCCUUAUGAGCCCUCGGACAACGCUCUGGAAGCUGUGAGGGCCUUGAAAGACACCAGUGAUGCUUUCACAGUUGCCGAAAGGAAAUCCGUCGGGGAAACUCUGAAAAAAAUGAAUGAAAAAUGCUAAAAACCCACGAGCAAUGAAGCUCUGUGGCUCCAGGGGCUCAGGAAGCUGUCGGAACACUAAGUCGAUCCUCAAUGGAUAUGGAUUCCAGACCCCUCAACUCCGUUUCUCGUCCUGCAUCCUGCAACCUUUUCCAAACCUUAAAAUAAAUCACUGCAUUCAGGAGAACGAAGAAACCUCAGCUCGUAUUCCACACUCACUUCUCGGGAUCCCUUAAUAAAGAAAAGUAGCUCAGUU